AUGUGUGUACAGUACGAAUUACAUCUAUCCGCGUCGGACAACUUGAAAGAAAACCACACGAUAGUCGUGAUCCACGUGAAAGACGUUAACGAUAAUCCACCGGUGUUCGAACGGCCCACGUACCGGACACAGAUCACGGAAGAGGACGACCGGAACUUGCCCAAACGGGUCUUACAGGUAACGGCCACCGACGGCGACAAGGAUCGUCCGCAGAACAUCGUAUAUUUCCUCACGGGACAGGGAAUCGACCCCGACAACCCGGCCAACAGCAAAUUUGACAUCAAUCGUACGUCUGGCGAGAUAUUCGUUCUCAAGCCAUUGGACAGAGAUCAGCCCAACGGCAGGCCACAGUGGAGAUUUACCGUGUUCGCGCAGGACGAAGGGGGCGAAGGCUUAGUUGGAUAUGCUGACGUCCAGGUGAACCUGAAAGAUAUCAACGACAACGCGCCGGUAUUCCCGCAAGGAGUUUACUGGGGAAAUGUAACCGAAAACGGAACAGCUGGUAUGGUAGUGAUGACAAUGACGGCGGUAGAUUACGACGACCCGGCCGAGGGCACUAACGCUAAACUGAUAUAUUCAAUCGAAAAGAACGUGAUCGAAGAAGAAACCGGCACUCCGAUAUUCGAAAUCGAAUCCGACACGGGAGUCAUCAAGACGGCCGUGUGCUGUUUGGACCGAGAACGCACUCCGGACUAUUCGAUCCAAGUGGUCGCCAUGGACGGCGGAGGCUUGAAAGGCACGGGCACCGCUUCCAUUCGGGUGAAGGACAUCAACGACAUGCCGCCGCAGUUCACCAAAGAAGAGUGGCUCACCGAAGUCGACGAGACCGACGGAUUUAAUUUCCCGGAGACUCCCAUAUUGACCGUGACGGUGCACGACGAAGACGAGACCAACAAGUUCCAGUACAAAGUGAUCGAAAACAGCGGUUAUGGAGCAGAUAAAUUCACCAUGGUACGGAACAACGACGGAACCGGAUCGCUGAAAAUCGUUCAACCGUUGGAUUACGAAGACCAGCUGCAGAGUAACGGAUUCCGUUUCAGGAUUCAAGUCAACGACAAGGGCGAAGACAACGAUCACGACAAAUAUCACGUGGCUUACUCGUGGGUCGUCGUCAAACUGCGAGACAUCAACGACAACAAGCCGCAGUUCGAACGGCCCAACAUCGAAGUGUCGGUGUACGAAAACGUCGAAGUCGGCAAGAGCCUGGAAACGUUCAAAGCCACCGACCCGGACCAAGCGGGCAAGAGCAAAGUGUCGUACGCCAUCGACCGCGUCUCCGACCGCCGCCGUCAGUUCCGCAUCAGUCAAGAAGGCACCGUUUCCAUUCAGCGGCAGCUGGACAGGGAGGAAACUCCUAGACAUCAGGUAAAAAUCUUGGCCAUCGACGACGGCGUUCCACCGAAAACGGCUACGGCCACACUCACGGUGAUCGUCCAGGACAUCAACGACAACGCUCCGAAGCUCCUCCGCGAUUACCGACCGGUGUUGCCAGAGCACGUGCCCGCCAGGAAAGUCGUAGAAGUCUUAGCUACCGACGACGACGACCGCUCGAAAAGCAACGGACCGCCGUUCACGUUCAGGAUGGACCCGAACGCGGAUGACGUGAUCAGAGCAUCGUUCAAAGUCGAACACGAUCAAAAGGGUGCCAACGGUGACGGUAUGGCUGUCAUCUCGUCGCUCAGGUCGUUCGACCGAGAACAACAAAAAGAAUAUCUCAUUCCGAUAGUGAUCAAAGACUCUGGCAAUCCGGCGAUGACGGGAACCAGCACUCUAACGGUCAUCAUUCGAGACGUAAACGACAACAAAAUGCAACCGGGAUCUAAAGAAAUAUUUGCCUACAAUUACAUGGGUCAAGCUCCGGACACGGAAAUCGGUAGAGUGUAUGUGUACGAUUUGGACGACUGGGAUUUGCCGGACAAAAAGUUCUACCCUGACGGCACCGAACAUCCACGGUUCAAGUUGAACGACACCACGGGAAUGAUCAUGAUGCGCCACGGCACGAGAGAGGGCCAAUACCACUUGCGGUUCAAGGUGUACGACCGGAAACACACACAAACGGACAUCUCUGCGAACGUCACGGUCACGGUCAAGGAAAUUUCGCCCGAGGCGGUUAUGAACGCUGGGUCCAUACGUAUCGCUGGCAUUUCCGACGAAGACUUCAUCAGGAUAUGGAACUACAGAACGCAGAGUCUGGUCAGGAGCAAAGCCGAUAAAUUCAAAGACAAGCUCGUGGACAUUUUAAACACGCCCAGAGAAAACAUCGACAUUUUCAGUGUUCAGUUGAAACAAAAGUACCCCCCGUUAACCGACAUCAGGUUCUCCGCUCACGGAUCGCCUUACUACAAAACCGUGAAACUCAACGGUCUGGUGCUAAUGCACAGAGAAGAGAUUGAAAAGGACGUGGGUAUAAACAUCACCAUGGUGGGCAUCGACGAGUGCCUCUACGAGUACGUGAACUGCGAGGGGAGUUGCACGAACGUGUUCGAGAUAAACACUUUGCCGUACAUGGUUAACGCUAACAAGACGGCGCUGGUCGGAGUCCGGAUCGACACCUACGCGGAAUGCACUUGUGGAGCCCGAAACUUCACGAAAAUCGACACUUGCCGCUCGAGCCCCUGCCUGAACGGCGGACGGUGCUCUGACACCAGGAACGGACCGACUUGUGAGUGCCCGAACGGCUUCAACGGACCCAGAUGCCAACAGACGGCCAGGAGUUUCAAGGGUAGCGGAUGGGCUUGGUAUCCACCCUUGGAGAUGUGCGACAACUCUCAUCUGAGCCUCGAGUUCGUCACCAGAAAAGCGGACGGUCUCAUGCUGUACAACGGUCCCAUCGUUCCACCGGAACCCGAAGAAACACUAGUAUCAGAUUUCAUAUCGGUUGAGUUGGACAGGGGUCAACCGCGUUUGCUCAUCGACUUCGGGUCCGGUACGUUAGAGCUUAAGGUCAAAACAAAGAAGAGCUUGGACGACGGAGAAUGGCAUAAGAUAGACGUGUUCUGGGACACGGAGAAUAUCCGUUUGGUGGUGGACAACUGCCGUUCGGCGGACAUCACCGAACUGGAAGACGGUUCGCAUCCGGAGUUCGACGACGCCUCGUGCCAGGCCCAGGGCACAAUACCGCCAUUCAAUGAGUACCUGAACAUAAAUUCACCGCUGCAGAUAGGUGGCCGGUACGUGCAGGACUUCGACCCGACUCACUAUCACUGGCAAUCCGCUCCGUAUGGCAAAGGGUUCGACGGCUGCAUCAAAAACGUCUAUCACAACAGCAAGCUCUACGAUCUGGCCAACCCCGGUCUCACCAGGAACAGCGUUGCCGGAUGUCCUCAAACCGAAGACUUGUGCAUGCAGUUGGUCGGCCACAGGUGUUCGGAACACGGAUCGUGCGUGGGCAGCAUGGUGGAACCUCGGUGCGAGUGCAGCCCCGGCUGGUCAGGCGCCGAUUGCCUCACACCCACAAUACCGACCACCUUCCGGCCACAGAGCUACGUCAAGUACGCUCUGUCGUUCGACGCCGACAAGUUCAUGACCAAAAUCCAGUUGCGGUUCAGGACGCGCGAAGAGCACGGAGAGCUGUUCAGAGUCAGUGACCAACACAACCGCGAAUACGCCAUUCUCGAGAUUAAAGACAGCAAACUGCAUUUCCGGUACAACUUGAAUAGCUUGAGGACCGAAGAAAGGGACGUUUGGCUCAGCGCCGUGACCGUCGACGACGGCAAAUGGCACACGGCCAAAGUAUCGAGAUACGGUUCAUCGGCCAUUUUGGAACUUGACGGUGGAGAAGGAAAACAUUACAACGAAACUUAUCGGUUCGAAGGACAUCAGUGGUUGAUGGUGGACAAGCAAGAAGGAGUGUACGCCGGUGGAAAGGCUGAGUACACGGGCGUUCGAACGUUUGAAGUAUACGGUGACUUCCAAAAAGGUUGUUUGGACGACAUUCGUUUGGAGGGAAGAUACCUGCCGUUACCGCCGGCGACCAACGGAACUCAGUGGGGCCAAGCUACCAUGGCCAGGAACGUCGAGAGGAACUGCCCAUCGAACAAACCGUGCGCCAACGUCAUUUGCCAGGAGCCUUUCGAAUGCGUCGACCUUUGGAACUAUUACGAUUGCACUUGCGGCGAAGGCAGGAUCAUGACGCCUGACCGCAAAGGAUGCGUGGACAAGAACGAGUGUCUGGACAGCCCGUGCAGGAACGGUGGCGUUUGCCUGAACCAAGACCCCAGGAUCCGUUACCGCUGUAUAUGCCCAGACGGCUUUUGGGGCGAGAACUGCGAACUGGUCCAGGAAGGCCAGAAACUGAAACUUGGCAUGGGCGCACUGGCCGCCAUACUGGUGUGCCUCCUCAUCAUCCUCAUUUUGGUGUUGAUGUUCGUCGUGUACAACCGGCGACGCGAGUCACACAUCAAGUACCCCGGACCGGACGACGACGUCAGAGAGAACAUAAUCAACUACGACGACGAGGGAGGCGGCGAAGACGAUAUGACCGCGUUUGACAUCACCCCGUUGCAGAUACCCAUCGGUGGGUCGAUGAACAACAUGCACCCACAGAAAUACAAAUAUCCCGCGAUGCCCGUGGGCGUGGAACCCAACGUCGGCAUAUUCAUCGAAGACCACAAGAAACGCGCGGACGGAGAUCCAAACGCCCCGCCGUUCGACGACUUGCGCAAUUAUGCUUACGAAGGAGGCGGCAGCACUGCCGGAUCAUUGUCAUCGUUAAACACGGGUACCGAGGACGACCACCAAGACUACGAGUACCUGGUGUCCUGGGGUUCGCAUUUCGACAAACUGGCCGACAUGUACAGCCGGGACGGCGAACACGAGAUGGACGAGGAGCAGUAG